CUCCAAACUCUUUCCCCUUCUCUGCAACUCUCUCUCUCUCUCUCUAUCUCUAUCUUUUUUCUUCGCCAUUAAGUCUUCAUCUUCAUCUUCUUCAUCCCUUCUCUGCAACUCCAUUACCCUCCGUUCAUCGAAGUCCAAGAAGAAUAAGAAUCUCUUUCUCCAUCCUUCUUCAAUGGCGGAAUCAGACGUUCAUGCCAAAACCUCGAAUCUCGCGGCAGAGCAAAAUCAGCCUACUCCAAGUAAGUUCCAUAGCCAUAUCUUGUACAAAGUUUUAACGGCCAUUUUCUUUCUGGUGAUUCUCCCUUUAGUCCCCUCCCAAGCCCCUGAGUUCAUUAAUCAAACGUUACUCACCAGAAGCUGGGAGCUUCUGCACCUUCUUUUCGUUGGAAUCGCGGUUUCUUAUGGCCUCUUUAGUCGGAGAACUGACGAGAUAGAGGAUGAAAUUAGUGUCUCUAGAUUUGAUAAUGUUCAAUCUUAUGUUUCUCGAUUGCUUCAUGUUUCGUCUGUUUUUGAUGAUGAGCCUGGAACUCCGUCUGCUAAUGAUGAAUCGGUGUCUUCACCUGAUGAAAAUAAGGUUCAAACAUGGAGUAAUCGGUAUUUUAGGAAUGAAUCUGUCGUUGUUGCUGAAGAACGUCCUGUUGUUAAUGAGCAGAGAGUUAGGAGUGAGAAACCUCUGCUUCUUCCUGUUCGUAGCUUGAAAUCUCGUGUUGUUGUGGACGAUGAGUAUAAAACCAUUUCUGGAUCUAAGCGGAGAGUGAGUUCGAGAAGAUCUUUGAGUAUGCCUAUGAGGAGUUCGAAUGAGGAGAUGAAUGAGAAAGUCGUUCUUCCUUCCCCAGUUCCAUGGCGCUCGAGAUCGGAGAGGAAGGAGGUGCAAGAAGAAGCCGAAAACCUUCCUAUGUAUUCUCCUGCUGCUCCCAUGGAGGAAUCUGAAUCGAGUUGGAUCGAUUCUCGAUCGUCAAGACCUCCAACUUCAAGGUCUUCUCGAGCCAGUGCCAUUAGCACUCAGAAACUAUCUCCCUCUCCAUCUCCUAGGAAACCAUCUCCUUCUCCUACUGUGUCACCUGAAUUACAGGCCAAGAGUGCUGAGGAUUUGGUGAGGAAGAAGAACUUUUAUUCAUCUCCUCCACCUCCUCCUCCGCCCCCACCAACUGUUCGAAGAAUAUCCUCAAUGAAACCGAACUCUUGGCUGCAUGAUAGUGAUGUAUCCCAUCAAAAUGAUUUGAGACGAAGCCUUACUACCAAACCUAGAAGAUCCAUUCGUGAUACAGGAGAUGAAAUCGAUCUGAUGAUGGAUGCUAAUUCAAGUGCUGAAGUUCCGCCUAGAAAUUAUGUAGAUGGUCAAUCAAUGGGGAAAUCUGUUAGAACAAUCAGACCAGGAGAAGUUCUGAAUGAGCCACCAAGAAGAGGGAGAGAAUUUGGAGGAACUGAUCAAUUGAAGGGGAAGAUGGAACAGAAUCCGCAUGCACAAGAAUUUGAAGAAAACCCCAUAGAGUUUCCAGAUGAAUAUAAAGAAAACCUAGUUGAAAAACUAGCCAUGGAAGCAGGCGACGACAUGGAAAACGAAGAAGAAGAAGACGAUGUAGUGGGGCAGUUUAUCCGGGAAGAUAACGGAGAACCUUUCAAUGUGAAAAGGAGAGAUUUCAAUGAAACAAGUUCUGAAGAAGCAGGCUCUAGCAAUAUGGCUAAUGACGGAGGACCAGAUGUAGAUAAAAAGGCUGAUGAGUUCAUAGCCAAAUUCAGAGAGCAAAUCAGGCUUCAAAGAAUCGAAUUGAUCAAGAAAUCAAGUGGACAAAUUGGUAGGAACACUUCAAGGCAAGCUUGAAGUUUGAAACAUGUUCAGUAAGUUCAUCAAAAUUUGAACUUCAAAUCCUUCAACUGACGUUUAUAGGGUACUUUUCUGACACCUUUUUUUGUUUUUCUUCUCUCCUUUUCUUCUUUGAUAUAUGACAGAUGCUGUAAUUGUAAUUCAGCAGGCAUCUGUCAUUAGUGUUUGUUGAUCUGCAGCUGAAAUACACAAGGCUAAUAACUAUGUCGUGUUUUGAGAGCUUAUCAUCUAUUAAAUGAGAUGGAUUAAGUUGUUUCGCCUGAUUAA